GAAUUCGGUACUCGAGCCCUUACAGCAAAUCCUGACAAACGGGAGAGGCGUUGAGGAGCAGGAACUCCAGACCUGGAGUUCUUGGUUGCUGGAGAGCAUCAGGUGUGGAAACCUGUCUCUGAGGCACGCAGCCUCGCGCAGGCCGCUCCAGGAGCUCGCGGGAGGAAGCUCGGCACUUCUGCGUUGAUGCGCAGCUCCCGCGUGGAGCCCGGUGGGGCAGCUGAACCGAAGCGCGUUCCCUCUCGUGAGGGGUCUUGUGAUACUAAAGCUGCUCAGCUUCGUCAGCCGCGAGAGAAGCUGAAAGAAGGGCUAAAAGGGAGACCUGCGAGCCCUGGCUGCGUGAGCAUCAGACCCUUUUUGUCCUGACUUCGUGGGCUAGCAGCUGAAGGUGCAGCUCGCUGGCGCUGUUCGCCGGCGGAGCGUUGCUGCGGUGGUUUCGGUCUGCUCGGCCCGUGGUUUGGGUGCCGUUGCCGCCGUCCGCGGAGCAGGAAGAGCGCGGGCUGCCCGCUCUGCGGGACGGGCGGAAGGGGCAGCAGAGACGGUGGCUCCGCGGCGACCGAGGCCUCCCUGCUUCCCAAACAGCCGCCGAUCGGCGCGGGCUGAGCCAGCGCGCACCCAGGCUUUUCUUAGUCGAGCUGCCUGGUAUCUCUGCGUUCAGCAGUCGAGUUGCGCUGCUGACAGGAACAGAGGAAUCCUCGGAGAUGUCGGCGUUAGCAAAAGGAGCCGAACGGCCUGCGAUGGAGAGCUCUCGCUGCCUGCAGCUCCGGUAGGCUCUCACUUCAAUCCCCUCUGCUGCCUGUGGGCAUCAGCAGAGGUGCCGAGAGGCUCAGCCUGCUCGGGUGUGUCCUUAGCCCGAGACCCUCGGUGCAGUUAGGGUCACCUGAAGCGCAUCCUGACGACCUGGCAGCUUUUCGGGGGGGGGGCACGGAGCCACGUAAUCGUACGGGCAGGCUUGAAACCAUCUUUAGGUGGUGAUGAGGCGCUCCCAGGUUCUAACUGCCCGACCGUUUGCUCCGGUCGGCAGCUCUCCGCGGUGGGCUGGACGCAGACGUGGCUGCUCAACUCCGUUGGGGUUCACGUCGCACAACCGGACGGCAAAACGGAGCGAGGCCGGUGGAAUAUAGGUCACGCCGAGACUCGGGGGAUGUCAGCGGGCUCGUUUCCUCGUUUCGCUGCGGGGAUCACCCCUAUCGUGUUUCGGGAGGUCAGAGCUCGGCUGAGGCACGCUUCACGUGGCUCUCAGCGUGCUGCGGGCUGGGCUGGAACGGUGACGGAGCUUACACGCCUGCUGACAGGCUGCCCCGGGAAAGGAGCGCGAGGUUAAACAAGCAAAAGCCGUUCCUUUGCGGCCGUGAGGCUGAGGAGGAGCUGCGGAAGGCGGAAACUUCCUCGGGUGGGUGCAGGCGGAGGGCUUCUGGUGUGCCCCCCCCCCCGCCCCGGCCCUGGGUGCUCCCCGAGCAGCUCCUGGCCCCCGCUGCUUCCUCACCGUCCAGCGAAACACAACACGCGGCUCGUUUUUGCUUCCUGUCAGGCUUUCCCAUCCUGCCCAAACACGUUCGUCCUUCGGUGGACGAGGGGUCGGGUUCCUCGCGGGGACCCAGCUCUGACCCGCUCGCCGCUGUUCUGCGGCGGGUCCCAGCCCCGCUGGGCGCACUGGUACCACCAGCUGCCGCCUGCCAGAGGUGCUCUUGGCGUGCCUGGUUUAUCAGGAGCCCUGCUCCUUUCUGUUCCUAAUGAACUGCUCUGCGCUUAAUGACCCUUUUCAUUAUGGUAAUCCUUUUAUACAAGAGCGUAAUAGCGCUCCUCAGACAAAUGGGAUAAUAAAAAGAAAGCGUUUACAAAAGCAAACGUGCUAAUGGUCUGUCACAGCAUCUCAGGCGCACAGACUUGGAAUAAGCCGUGCCUCCGGAUGGUUUGACUCUUCUUAAGCUGCGGGUAGGUCUGACAGCUCCUCCUCGCCCAGCGAGCACCGGGCGAUGCAGAUUAGUCCUGUCCUCUCCUGGGCACGUUCAGCCGUUGGCACCGCGUUGCUGGAAGCAGGACGCUAGAUCGCGGCUUUAAAUCCGUCUCGUGCCUUGCGAGGGAACGCGUUCGUUCUUUCACGUUUCAUAGCCAGCGAGUGAAAUCUAACUCGGCGGUGCCCUGAAAGUAUCUGCAGGGCUUAAAUGUUGGAGCGUUCCGCAUUUGUUGCGCUCAAAAGUAUGACUGGACUUCCUGAUGCUCGGUGAUAAGCGCCUUCCGUGCCUCGAGCACGGGGCUGGACGGGCCGCUCCACUCAAUGGCUUCGUGGCUCGGCCUCGCAAACGUCUCGCCGCGCUCAAAGCUGCUCCUCGAGGUUUCUUUCCCAUCUCCUUUCUUCGGUGGAUGGGACUGGCGCAGCAGCGGGCUUCUGGCUCGCCUGCCUGAUCAAAGCAGCUUCGUGUUGGACGUCCCCGUAAGCCGCGGCGUUCUGCAGUGCUUCUGUUUGGAGGCUGCGGAGCUGGGCUGCGCCCCCCCCCUCCCCGGGUGAGCUCUCCGGCUGAAUUUGCUGGCUCGAGGCUGCCUGUCAGGCUGUGGGACCGAGCUGAAACUCGAGCCGCGGUUCAAGCGGCCUCUUGGCAGUCACAGCCCAACGGGGUUUGCUCUGAGAGCAGGCAUUUGGAACCCGGUGUCUGCUCUUCGGCCAGCCUGGUUUGCAGGGGACGCUUCCAGUUCAGCCCCAGUUUAACUUGCUCUAAGCUUCCUGUUCACAGGAGCCCGGUAUUUGCUGGCUAAAUUCGCUCUAGGCAUAGAAAGCGUUUCCCUGGGGACGUGCUCAGAACUUGAUGAGAGGAGGAAUUGUCUUUCGGGGCUUUUUUUUUUUUUUGCAGUUGUCUUUGACGAGAAGCUUGGGCUCUGGGAGCUGAAGGAAGGCGGUGAUAAGGAGCAGAUGCAAUCGGUUGCAGCAUUUUGUCAAUGACAGGAAGUGGGAGUAGUGAUGGGUACAGGAAAUCUGCCUGAAUCCAUGUCACCGUGCGCUCCCGGAGUAUUCCUGUCCUCAGCUGCGAGCAGAUAACAGCUGAUAGCAGUGAAAUGCCCGGGGGGGCAGGGAGGUGAACCGGCUGCACACCAGCCUGGCUGCUGCUUGCACCGCUGCCGUGCUCCUCCUGCGCAGCACCGGAGCCUUGGUGCCGUUGCAUCGCGUGUAGGUGUUGCCCCUGCACUCUGAUAAAGCUGUCUAGACUUCGUUUGGUGAUAAGGACCCGCCUGCAGCAGUGAUGGGAGUAGCCGCUUUCUGCCUGUGAGUGCAGCCUGUGCCCAGAGCGUGGCUCCCGUCACAGCCCCUCUGUGGCAGGCGUCUGGUGCACCGCCUCGAGGCUGCCGUAGGACCGCUCUUGGAGGCAGCGUUUAAUAGCUACGGCCCUUUAAGUAAUAGUAAGGGCCUUUAAGCUAAUUAAGCUAACACUGAAUAUAGAAACUUUUGAGUGCCCUGUGGUCUGGAGGGCUGACAGCCAGCGCCGCUUCCCGUUACGGCUUACGUGGAGCUUCUGAAGACCUCUGCGUUGAUGGUCUGGAGCUGCUAUCUUGUGAGCCUGGGAGAGGAGGAAGGAGUUAAAGUUGCAACCUGCCUCCAGGUGGAUCCAGCGCGCGACCUGCAGCGUCCUUUAACUCUUGGCGCUCCUGCACUUAGACCACAAUGGCAGGUCGAGGUGGAGCUGCUCGACCGAAUGGACCAGCCGCCGGGAACAAAAUCUGCCAGUUCAAACUUGUUCUCUUAGGAGAGUCGGCAGUGGGGAAAUCCAGCCUCGUUCUGCGCUUCGUGAAGGGGCAGUUCCAUGAGUACCAGGAGAGCACGAUUGGAGCUGCCUUCCUAACGCAGACGGUCUGUCUGGAUGACACAACGGUGAAGUUUGAAAUCUGGGAUACGGCAGGGCAAGAACGGUAUCACAGCCUGGCACCCAUGUACUACCGAGGUGCCCAGGCAGCCAUUGUUGUCUACGACAUCACUAACACAGACACAUUUGUACGAGCCAAGAACUGGGUGAAAGAGUUGCAGAGGCAGGCUAGCCCCAAUAUUGUAAUUGCACUAGCAGGAAAUAAGGCAGACCUUGCUACCAAGAGAGCCGUGGACUUCCAGGAUGCACAAACAUAUGCAGAUGACAACAGCUUGCUGUUCAUGGAGACGUCGGCGAAGACAGCGAUGAAUGUGAACGAAAUCUUCAUGGCAAUAGCCAAGAAACUGCCAAAAAAUGAACCCCAGAACGCUCCGGGUGGUCCGGGCAGGAAUCGGGUGGUAGACCUUCAGGAGAGCAGUCAGCCCAGCAGGAGCCAGUGCUGCAGCAAUUGAGCAGCCGAUCCCACCCGCCGGAGCCCUUGAAGGACGUGACUGGAAUCCAUGCUAACAAUCGCACUUACCGUAGAGCGGCUGCUGCUGGUGGCUGCUGUGAUUUCUCCAUCCCUUUCUGAUCAUAGGCUGGAGGGGAGUUCUUCCACCUGCACCUUUCUGUACAAAUACUAAUUAAAUUCUAAGUCUUAAGUCACUUUUUUAAUAUAUGAACUUCUCUUCCCUCUUCCUGGUGGUGGUGGAUGCACGACCUGGUGUCUGCCCAGCCAGCUCAUCCCUUCCCACGGGUGAGGGCCAGCAGCACCCAGGUCCCACAGUACUGUAGUUCACUAUUGGAAACAAAGGGAUAUUGAGACUAGACAAACCUUGGUUAAAAUUACCCACGUGCAAAAGCUAAGGCUAACACCAGUACGAUAUGCCUAGAACAACCACUAAACUGUAGCAUUAUAGCGACAAACUCUGGCUCUUCGGCCACUUAUUGACCAAAUCAAUUAUGAGUAUUUUGGGGUGGGGCAGAGGGAAGCAAAACUGGUUUCUUCUGUAUUUUGUAUUGUAUGUUUCUUCAUGUAACCAAUCAGUAUCUUGUCAAUAUAGUACAUACAACUA